AUGCAAGCACGAACCAAGUUGCUGUUCUUCGUCAAAGUUCCAGUCCGGUGGUAUACGGGGAAGCACGUCGAUCACGCUUUGGAAACAGCUCUAAAUUCAGUGUUGGAGCACACCAAAGAAGCUUAUCUUCCUCUGCUGCGCGCCUGUGACAAACUCUCGAGCCUGAGGAAGAUCCACCAGCAGAUGAUCCAGAAGAAAGUCGUGGUUGACAAGCUGCUCAAGAACGUCCUGAUUGACAUGUAUGGCAAGUGUGGCGGCUUGGACGAGUCCCGAGCAGUGUUCCAGUCGAUACAAGACCGCGACGGACCCAACGUUUUCUCGUGGACAGUGUUGAUCUCAGCUUAUGCCCGGAAUGGGCAUAACAACGUAGCUUUGGAUCUCUUCCACCGCAUGGAGCUGGCUGGAGUUCGAGCGAGCGAAGCCACUCUAGUCAUCGCUGUCGGAAUUUGCAGCAAGCUUGGAGCUCCUCACGGCCUACGAAUCGGGAAGAGACUCCACCAGCGAAUCGAGGCCCAAGUCUCGAUGAACUUGAUGACUGCUCUCCUUGAUAUGUACUCGAAGUGUGGGUGUCAGCGAGAAGCCAGAGAAAUCUUCCAGAGUUUCCAGAGUACCGACACUGUGUGGUGGACUGCGAUGAUGGAUGCGUUGGUUCGAUGGGGUGAUCCCAGUGGGGCGCUAAACUUGCGAAGUCGAAUGGCCCUCGAAGGCAUUCCAGCAAGCACUGUCACCUUUGUUGUCGCGCUCACUGCCUGUUCUUGCUGUUCUUGCGGCUCCUUGUCCCGAAAGGUGGCGAGCCAGAUCCACGACGAAAUCUCUUCCCGGGGCCUGGACUCCAAUCCCGUGCUGGCCUCUGCACUCGUCAGCGUCUAUGGCAAGCAUGACAACUUCCAAAAGUCUUGGAAAGUUUUCCAGGAUAUUGGGAGCUCGAGAAGGAGCUUGUCAUGCUGGAACUCGAUGGUGCUCACUUGCGCUCGGCAUGGCUUCCACGAGAGAGUUCUCGAUCUGUACUCCCAGAUGUCGGUGGAGGGAUCGGUCGUCCCAGACGAGAUAACUUUCAGCAUCGUCUUGAGCUGCUGUCAGAGAAUCGAAGAUGGCGAAAAAAUCCUCUCGGAGGCCGCGGCUGCCGCUUGCGACCAAUUCGAUCAAGUGAGGAGCGCUGCCAUCGAUUUCUAUGCCCGCAUUGGCGAUUUGGGGAGCUCCAGGCAUGUAUUCGAGAAAGACUCCCACUGUCGGAGCCUGAGCUGCUGGAAUGCCCUGAUUGGGGCAUACUCACAUCACGGCUAUGGCCGCCAAUCCCUCGAUCUCGUGCUGAGGAUGAAGAUCGAGGGAGUCAUGCCGGAUCAACUGACCUUCAUGUCAGCAAUGUUUGCCUCGAGCCACACGGGGCUGGUGGAACGAGGCCUGGAAUGCUUCCUGGAGAUGGAGGCCGAGCAUGGGAUUGUCCCAAGCCCCGAGCACUGCCGCUGCUUGAUUGAUCUCCUGGGCCGCGCCGGCCAGAUCGAGGGGGCGGAAGCGAUGCUUGAGGAGGAUCCGUGUGAGAUGGAAUGGAGUAUUCUCGUGGGCGCCCGCAAGAACCUGGCCGACGAAGAAGCCCUAACCUGGGUACCCUAA